CCACCAAAAUCCAAUGGCGGUUCGCGCCACCCUUUCCCGAUUUCCCGUAGAUCAAGAAUCCCUAGAAUCAAGCGGUCUCCCAUGGGGCGUCACCGUGACUCCCUUCGCCCAAGCCGACGAGCACGGGACCUCGCCGGCGUACGGCGGAGACGGCGAUCUCCUCCCCCGCUGUGAGGACUGCUGGGCUUAUUUCAACUCCUACUGCGAGCUCGAGCAGUGGGCGUGGACUUGUUCUCUUUGUGGAGCGCUCAAUGGGUUGACCUCUCGAUCAAUUGAGAAGUACUCUCAGCCUCAGUCUUGUGCUGAGAUGCUUUCUUCCUUCGUUGAUCUCGAGAUUCCCGUGGAAGAAUCUGAAGGGAUGCAGGCAAGACCAGUAUAUGUUGCAGCUGUUGAUUUAUCUUCUUCUGAAGAAUUUUUAGAACUUAUCAAGAGUUCCCUUCUAGCAGCUCUUGAAGCCCUGGGACCAGGCUCCUUGUUUGGGCUUGUUGCCUUCAGCCACAAGAUUGGGAUUUAUGACAUUCAGGGACCUAUACCAGUUGUCAAAAAUGUCUUCAUCCCUCCUGAUUCUGAUGGCAAAUUACCAGUUGACCUUGAAGACGUAAUGCCACUACUUUCGUUUUUGGCUCCUGUAGAUACUUGUAAGGAUCGAAUUGCUGCUGCUUUGGAAACACUGAAACCUACAACCUCCUGGGAGAGGACCACAGGUGCAGGACAAUCAUUAGAAGGUGUCUUGUUAGGUGGUAGGGGUUUUGGAGUGGCAAUGGAUGCUCUUAUUAGCUACCUCAGUUCAGAAUAUGGGAAUACAUUUGCAUUGGCUAGAGUAUUUGCCUUCUUAUCUGGUCCUCCUGAUUAUGGAGCUGGACAACUUGACACGAGACGUUAUGGAGAGCAGUAUGCUAGUAGAAGGGAGGAUGCUGACAAGGCUUUGCUUCCUGAGCAGACGCCAUUCUACAAGGAUCUGGCAGCUGUUGCUGUUCAAGCAGGCGUUUGUGUGGAUAUAUUUGCUGUCACAAAUGAAUACGUAGAUUUGGCUUCCUUGAAAUUUCUGAGCAUCGAGAGUGGUGGUUCUUUGUUAUUGUAUGCAAAUACAGAUGAUUCGACACUCCCUCAGGACAUGUACCGGAUGCUAAGUCGUCCAUAUGCCUUUGGAUGUAUUUUGAGAUUGAGAACAUCAUCUGAGUUCAAACUUGGUCGUUCUUUUGGCCACUUCUUUCCAGAUCCACAAUAUGAGAAUGUUCAGCAUGUCAUUUGCUGUGAUUCCUUCGCGACAUAUGCUUAUGAUUUUGAGUUUGCCAAUUCGUCUGGCUUUUCAAGGCACACGGGACCUCCUGUUUUACAAAUUGCAUUUCAAUAUUCUAUUGUUGUCCCAGAGGAGGAAGCUUCAGAUGCUGGAUCAAAAUCUAGCACCAGGUCAAAGUUUUCCCUGAAGAGGCGGUUAAGAAUCCGAACGUUACAGUAUGGAACAGCUGGAAACAUUAAUGAGCUUUAUGACAGUGUUGAUUCAGAAACCAUUUUGUCGAUCCUUGUUCACAAGGUUAUUCUAGCUUCACUAGAGCAAGGUGUCCGAGAAGGAAGAAUGUUGCUUCAUGAUUGGCUAGUUAUUCUUAUGGCUCUGUACAAUGAUGCAUAUAAACUUGUCCAAUAUGAUAAUGGAAAUACAACUAUGCAUGUUGAUGUCACCUUCUCACAGUGUCCACAGCUGCAGCCUUUGCCUCGACUUGUAUUUGCUUUGUUAAGGAAUCAUCUUCUCCGCUUUCAUGAAGAAGGGGUCCACCCAGAUUAUCGUAUAUACUUGCAAUGCCUUUUCAGUGCACUGGAGCCCGCUUCUCUUAGUCGGGCUAUAUAUCCUGUGCUAACCUCAUAUGCUACACCAGACAAACAAGCAUUUCCUCGCCACUCAUUGUGUCGUGCUGCCUUAGUCACCAGCGAAAGCCCAAUAUUUUUUCUCGAUUCAUUUACAAAUCUCAUUGUAUAUUACUCAUCAACAGCUGAUCCCUCACUUCCCUUCCCUCCUCCACAUGAUUGUGCUCUGAGGACUACAAUCAAUAGAUUAAAGCAGGAGAGGUGCAUCACUCCAAAGCUUGCAUUUAUUCGAGGAGGGAAAGAUGAUGCUUCACAAUUCGAGAACUAUCUCAUUGAAGAACAUGAUGUUGAUGGCACUGGCUUCUCAAGUGGUACAGGCCUUGUUUCUUUCCUCGAGGAGAUCAGCCGAGAUGUUGCAGAAUAUCUUAAACAAUAAUAGAAAAUUUAAUUAUGGUGGAACCUUGAAGAGCCAGGAGGUAUAUUUGACACUUGAUAGCUAAAGAAUCAACGAAUGUUGGAUCAUCUCCGUUAAUACUUGGAUACAAGCUAGCUUGUAUGAUGUCAGCCGCAUAAUGGUCUGCAGAGGCCUCAAAAGUUUCACAUUUUUGUAGGGAGAGAGGAAGAAUUUUCUACUGUUCUCAGAACUGAAACGUGUUAAUUUUGUUUGGUAUAUGUGAUUGUAGCCUGCCAUAUUUUCUCUCAAUUUGAAAGAAAUGUUAAUUUGGAGGAUCUGCGAAGGUCCAAUUCUGAAGGAAGGAAAUUAUCUUUAUGAACUCGGGUAAUUAAUUUAAAGUACAGCCUCUUUAGGCUGAUUUUGUUGUAGCGGAAUAUGUACUAGUUUAUUCUGUAAGGACACAUUUCUUCAUAGAAUAAGAUUAGAAAUAUUUCUCA